GGGUGCUGCUGCUGUGGUGUGAGAUGGCUGGCUGAUGUGGCUGACGAUCAGCUGCUGCUACAUCAACAUGAUGAUGCCGCUAGCGUGCACUAGGAGAUGGAGAGAGGAGGGGUACGGUGGCUGGCCAUGGGCCCAUGCAUGCUUGGCGCCGGCCGGCCUCUUCGCGCCAAGCCAACCGACCCAACCGGGAACAUCCGCUCCGGUUUUGUUCGCCACCUACUCCCGACCUUGGACGGAACUCAAGUCAAGUGUCGUCUCUACAUGCAGCACCGCAUCGCAUCGCAGGUCGCAGCUGUAGGAGUAGACCUGGCGAGAGGGUUUGGCCGUUUGGGUUUCCUUUCCUCUUGCAACUACCGGCGCGGCGGCCACUCCACUCCAUCCACUAUGCCCUCGCGUGCACAGCACACUCCCCCGGCUCUGCAAGCCACUACUACAAAUCUUGGCGUCUACUACCCUGCAACCCUUCUCUCCGUGGUCCAGGCACCAGCACAACAUUCUUCUUCUUACCUCUCUCUGGCUUGAUUUCUGACUGCCAUGGAGUCGGCGGCGAGGUUUCUGCGCAGCCGGCCGGACGAAGGCGGAGGAGGAGCAGACGAGCAGAGCGGCGGCCAACUCGAGCAGCAGCAGGAGGAGGAGGAGGUCCCCUGCGUGCUGGACAUCUUCGUGCACGAGGCGCGGGGCAUCCACAACAUCUGCAUCUACGGCGACCAGGACGUGUACGCAAGGCUGGCGCUGACGUCGGCGCCCGACGACGACGGCGGCGCCGCGCGGGCCACGCGCGUCGCGCGGGGCGGCGGCGCCACCCCGCGCUUCGCCGAGCGCCUCCCGCCGCUGCGCGUCCCGCGCGGGAGGAUCGCCGUCGACGUGCUCAAGUGCGAGCUCUGGAUGCGCAGCUGCGCCAGGGGCGUCCUGGACGACCAGCUCCUCGGCUUCGCGCUCGUGCCGCUCGCCGCCGUCGCCGCGGCUGACGGCGCUACGAUCGUCGAGGCCGACUUCGAGCUCUCGUCCACCGACCUCCUCCACUCGCCCGCCGGCAUCGUGCGCCUCUCGCUCGCCCUCCGCCCGGAGAUCCCCGAAGACGACGCAUGCGACCUGCCGGCGGGUCGCGGCGCCGACGCCGAGCCGUCCAUCGCGUCGGAAGUUGUCAUCCUCGGCCCCGCGCCGCCCGUGGACUACUCGAGGAUCGAGUUCACGGACCUUAGAGUGGAGCAGGAGAACGACGCCAUGGCUGUGCAGUACCUGCCGUUCCUGCGCACCGGGGAGACCGUGCUGGCGGAGGACUGCGAGAUGAGCGCGAGCCCGCGCGCGCUCGGAGAGAAGUCAUCGACGGCGGCAGCGUCCUCGGACGGCAGCAUCAGCAGGAACGCCGCCGCCUCGACGGCCAGCACGGUCAGCGAGGACAGGGCCGUCUCUUCUUCUGCCGAUGCGGCAGAGAAGCCGCCGUCGCUGCACGACGUCGACGAGGCCGCCACGGCGCCCGUGUCCCGCCGCUCGCCGGACACGCCGACGUCGCGCGGCGGGGAGGCCACCAAGACCGACGUGUUCACGUCGCCGCUCGGGGACAUGGACAUCGACAUCGACAUGGAGGCGGAGCAGAGCGCGAUGCAGCGGCAGAUCAUGGAGAUGUACCUGAAGAGCAUGCAGCAGUUCAGCGAGUCGCUGGCCAAGAUGCAACUGCCGAUUGAGCUCGGCCGCGGCGAUGGCAUCGGCAGCGGCGUCCAGAAGGAAGAGACGCCCGACAAGAAGAAGGUGAUCGAGCGGCAGCAGGCGAAGAAGGAUGGGGCAAGGGUGUUCUAUGGGAGCAGAGCUUUCUUCUGAACUGAAUUGCAGGGAGAAACACAAAUCUCUUGCAAACUUGUUGAGCUCGUCCCGCGGUUUGUUCAUCAUCAUUAGUUUCUGCUUGCCGAAUGGUAUUGUUAACUUGAUUCGUUGGAUCAGUAGCACACAAGAUCACAUAAUUUAGGAGAGAGUAACAUGUGAGCUAGAAUUUGGCGGCGAGAAACUGUAGACACUAGACAGUUGGCUUCGUUCACAUGUUCUGAAAAGCCAAGUAAAGAGUGUGCAGUGUGUGAGAGAUGGCAAAGAGCUAGUAUUGCCUAGGGUGUUUAGGUGUAUUCUCAUCUCAUGUAUACAAAUCAAAGGGUUAUUUGCGACAUCUGCAAGUCGUGAUCC